CGUAGCUCUGCCUGGCAAUUAUUGCGCCGAAGUAGGCCAGCAGUCCGAUCUCAAUCUUCGAUCUGACUCUUCCCUUUUUCAAGGCACUCAAGUGCUUCGACUUCCCAAGCGGUUUCCGCUUUCAAACCCUAACAUUUUGGGUCUUUUAAAUACGGGCUUUUAUUUCCAAUUAAACCUUUCACACAACUCUCAGAGGAAUCCUGGGUCUUCGGAAAGUCCUCUUAUCUCCUCCCUUUUCCCAGAAAGUCAGUGAAGCAUUUGUGUAGGUGCCUUUUACUCCUUUUAGAUAGGCUUCACGUUGUUGAUGAUUUGAGGUAAGAGUGUACGACUCAUCUAAAUCAUUGUGACAGAAUUUUAAUUUCGUUGGGUAAAUUCUCUAAAUUCGUGAUUAGGUAAUUUGUUAUCAUAGAAGUUUUUACAUUUUUAACGCUUUUUCUAUUAGGAGAAGUUUGACAAUCAAUUUGAAAGGGGAUGUGUGUUACUAUUUUUUUUGGCUUAAACGCAGGUGACGGUGGUCUUCAUUUGUCUUUUUUUUUAUGUCAACCCACCAAAUUUUGCCCAAUAUAAUAAUAAUUCAUAUUCCAUACAAAAAAAAGUUUGUAAACAGUUGUCUAGAUCCACAGGGUUUGCAUAGAAUCACUUUGGUUUUAAAAGGUACAAUUUUUCAUUAGUUUUAGUUUUGUAGAGAUUAAGCUAUAUAAGAAAUCUCUAUUGAUCUAAACAACAACCACAUUCACGCCUUAAUCCCAAAAGAUUUUAGAGUCGGCUGUCUACUGAUCUAAAUGGUACUAAAAAUGCAUUGCUAUAUACAAUUGUAUGGAGCACUACUUAUCUUAAUUGGUUUCAAAUAAGAUCUCAGAGGCCUGAUUAGUGAAUUUUUAACAAUGUAAAUUCAAAUUAUUCUUACUUUUAUUUAGUAUACUUUAGCAUCUGAAUUGCAGUCCUAAUGUAUUUUUCAGUUUUGCAUAUUCCUUCUGAUCACUUCAAAUGAUUUUUGUCAAGUCAAUAGGGUCUAUAAGAAUCGAUUGAUUGCAAUUUUCAUUUCAUUUUCUAUGAAGACGAAUCCAAUUGUGUUGAAUGUCCCGAUUUCUUUUAGAUGUCUCUGAAUUCAUGAUUCUAUUUUACAUGGUGUCAUUAAGGAAUGUAAUCAUUUGUGCUUCAUCAUUUUAAAGGCAAAAGCUAAUUUCUAAUACAUUUCCUACCUUUUUAUUUUACACUCUAAGUGUAGUUUUUUUAUAUCCAAUCACACUUAAAUUUAUAAAACAAACAUGACCUCUUUGUGUUUUUUCCACUUAACUUUUAGAUUCCUUUUGGACUUUUUUUGGGCAAAUCCUUUUGGACUUUUGAGAGUCGUAAAUAACGUGCAUUUUCUUACGAUAUCAAAGUAGAAAUUUUAAUUGGAGUGUCCAAUUAAAAUUUGAGUGUGUAAUGAAAAUUGCUCAUUAUUUUUCCCACUUGGGGCCUGUUUACUAACAGAGAUAUUUUCCAGUUUUCCAGAAAACUAUAAACCUGAAAAACAGAAAACAUGAAACGUGUUUACAAAAGAAAAUUGCUGAAAAUCUAGAGAAAGGAAAACAAAAAAAAAACGUUUACCAAAUCGUUUUCCAAAACGAAAAAAUGAGACAUGUCUUGUUUUUCCUUAAUGAUUUGGAGAAAUGACUUUUACUAGUUUUCCAAAUUUGGAAAACGCAGAUGCUACGGUGCCGCUGCAAUGAUUUUGCAUACUUACACCUAGUGAUGGUCCGGUCCUGCUCCGAUGUUGAUUCCAUUCUGCUACCUCCAUCCUUGUACCUUACCCCUACCCUACCCACCCAACCCCCACCUCACGUACCAUUUUUCGAUUCAAUGACCCUACCCCACCCCCACCACAUGCCCCUACCUCGGUCCCACCUUGAUCCACCCUACCCUAACCGCCACCCCCCCACCACCUCGACCCCACCCCCUCAUAUAUUACCCUUACUCCAACCUUACCCCUUACCACAUGCCCCAACCUCGGCCCCAUCCUACUGUCAUCCUACCCCCACCCUCGUACCGCCAUCCUACCUCCAACCAACCACCAUCCUACCCCCCACCCCCUACCCUUCCCCUACCUCGGCCCCACCCUGAUCUCGGCCCAACCGCCAUCCUACCCAACUCUCUACCCUACCCUUACCUUACCCCAACCCUACCCACUACCCUUACCCCUAACCACGACCCUAACCCACCCACUACCCCCACCCAACCCCUACCCCUAGACCUUACCACCCCAACCCCGACCAUACACCUUACCCCACCCCACCCAUACCUUCUCUACCUCGACCCCUACGAGUAGGUGUGGGUGGGUAUGAAGGGUUGCAGGGGAGUAUGGGUAGAGGUAAGGGUAGGGUCAAGAGUCAAGGGUGUGGAAUUGGGUGUAGGGUGUAGGGUGGGAGGUAUAGGGGUGGGGUAUGGGGUAGGGGUAUGGGUACACGUACGAGGAGAUCGACCCCACCUAUUAUAUUAUAUAUUUGUGUUCAUGAAUGUUUGUGUGUUUAUAUACGUGUAGGGUUAUUUUGGACAUUUUAAUGUUAAACGGUGUUUUAAACCUUUUGAAAUAAACAUGAUCUUACAACAUUGCUUAUUUUAUACGCCGCUUAUUAACAUGGGUCUUAAUAAGCAUUAUUUAGUAACCCGUGAAGUAAACUUGUCCUCAAUCUUCUGGAUGAUGCAGAACUGGGUAAAAAAUUGAUGAACAUGCUUUCAGAUUUGAAAAUGGAAAACUAAAAAAUAGAAACAGAAAAUUGGAGAUAGAAAAACUGAAAUAUAAAAACAGAAAAUUGGAGAACGAAAAUCUGAAGUAGAAAACAGGAAAAUAUCUCUGUUACUAAACAGUCCCAAGUGUUUAGUAUGUUUUCUGUUUUCCUUUCUCCAGUUUUCCAGCAAUUUUCUUCGGUAAACACGUUUCAUGUUUUCUGUUUUCUUGUUUUCCAAUUUUUUGGAAAACUGGAAAAUAUCUUUGUUAGUAAACAGUCCCCAAGUGUUUUGUAUGUUAUUGCAAGGUGGGUGGAUAUUUAUCUGCACUCAUCCAUCAUUUGAGCCUUUCUCUUAGGGAGAUUUUACCGUUCUUUCGGAAAAGAGAAAUCACGUGGAUACCAAAGGUCAAGGAUUAUCACCGCUAGGCUGGAAUAUCUGUAAGUUCUAACUCAGAUCUGUUAUUAUUAUCAUAUUCGUUAUUUUAUCAUAAUCAGGGAAGAUCUGUUUGGGAAAAUUUUAAACUUCCGCUGUUGUACUUUCGAGGUACGUUACAUUUAAAAUUUCCCAACAAGAUCAACUUAUUAUAUUCUCUUCAUUGCCAUCCAAAGCGUAUCAAACACGCAUUCCAUGUGUGCCCACGUGGAUCAUGUUUUAAAAUAGGUGUGAAUAGUUAUGGACCGGGACCAGUACCCGGCCUAGGACCUAACCCCGAGGGUGCCUUGGGGGCGGGCUCAGGUUGCAGACUUCUUGGAACCGGCCUGACCCGGUCCUUUUUUUUCCCGAAUGGUUUAGGUAGGGGUGGACCCGAGCCGGGCCGGGCUUUUAUUUGGAAAUGGUGGAACCGGAACCGGUUCGGGCCUACUUUUUUUUCUUUUGAUUUUCUAAAUAUUCCCUGACCCCCCACCCGCCCAACCUCCCAGCCCAACCAGAUUGAAACAAAAAAAAAUUGAAAUAACAAAAAAUAAAAUAAAUUAGGCCCGAACCGGGCCGGUUAACGUUUUAGGGGGCCCGAGUCCGAACUGGGAUAUUAGCGGUUCCAGGUGGCCCGAACCGGACCCAUGACCUUGUACCGGGCCGGGCGGCCUGACCCGAGUCCACCCCUAGGUUUGGGUAAGAAGCGGGUUGGGUUGGGUGGUUUGGGAAGUUUGAGGGUAGAAUUAAUGAGCAAAACCCCCAAAAAGAAAUAGUACCCAACCCGAACCGGGCCAAUCCUGGAUUCCUGGAACAUAGCCAGGCCAGUACCGGGGCUCCAUUUCCCAAACCUCGUCCCGUCCUAAGCCUGACCCGGGACCAGUCCAUCCCUAGGAGUGAAGGACCUUACUAAAGAUAAAGUUUGAGAAGUGCAUAACAAUAUCACCUAAAGUUUGUUACUACCAAAUCAACCUAUAUAUUAAUCCUUCGAUUUGAUCAGAAAUGGAGUUUAAAGGGGUGAAAACAGUACGGUUGAAAUGUGCUUAGCGAGAAAUAAAGAAUAACAUUAUCUUUUUCUUAAGAGGAAAUGAGUGAAAAUAGGAUGAUUAAAAUGUGAUUAGCGAGAAAUAAGGAAUAAAAUUAUCUUUUUCGAGUGAAAACCUUGACACGGAUAAAAAGGAAAUCGUGUGACUAACAAAAUCUUAAGCAAACGGCCUAUUGGCAAACUAGAAAUGAAAAUAGGCACAGAUAAGGAUUGAUGUCAUUGCUUUCUAUUAUUUCGAUUGAAGAAAAAAAAUGCAAGUUAUACAUGUCGAGUUGGAAACCUUCUGCAAAGGCAAAGGAAAAAACAUUUUCAAUUGAACUUUAGUAGCGCAUAGGAGGGAUGUUUUAACAACAGGUUAUGUUGCACCACUGCAUUAGAAAGACCUAAUGUGGUGAUAUAUGCUCCCAAAGAAAGGUUUGAAUCCAAACAACCAAACAGCAGCUAUGCACUUUGAAGCACUUCAGGUUAGGAAACAUCUUGAGCAGUUGAUCCUGGCCGGUUUCAGUUCUAGAAUAUGUAGCAAAGCAAGUAUUAGUCGAAGGGACACACAUUGUCAUUCUACAAUUUAAUCUUUGGGUUUCAAUUUGUGUUUUUACCUUGAUGCCAAUAUAGCCAUUCACAUCCAAAGUUAGUGCUUUUGAACAGGAGCCUUAGAGUGCCUCCAGGGAUUUCUCAGUCACCCAACUAUUCCAAAUAAACUGCAGAAGUUGGAGAAUUAAAAGUUUAUGUGACAGAUGUAGCAACAACUUUUCCACCUGUUCACUCAAAACAUUCACGCAAGUAGUGGUUAUCCCUCCCUAAGAAUUGGCCAGUAAGUAAACACGAACAAACAAGUUUACAGAACAUCACAAAAUUCUUUGUUAACAGCAAGCCGUGUGCUGUCAAGAAACAUAUAUCCAUGAACUGAAUAUACAACUAUAUAUACAAGUAAUCAAGGUACAAUGGGCAGGAAUGACAAUAGGCAAGCCGUGUGCUGUCUCAAAUACUCCCUGCCCAUUGAUGACAAUUUGUGAUUUUUAAGGUGACACUAAUUUUCUCAUAAAUUUACAAAAUAGCCAUAUUGACUAUAGGCAAUAAAAAAUUAUCAAGCCACUUUGAAAUAAAUAUGCGAGGGAAACUUGGUCAAUUUACAAAAAAAAUCUAUUUACUCUAGAGUACUUUGAUACAUUAAUAAAAGCAAAGUAUUCUGUUUGCAGAAGAAAUAUGUUUUGAAAAGUGGACUGAACACCAUCACACAUUUCUGGACACCAUCAGCGGACACUUCUUUAGGAUAUGUUGGGACAUCAUCCGCCAGGAUGUUAUCUCAGCAGUCCAAGAGUUUUUCCUGGGAGUUCUGAUGCCCAAAGCACUCAAAAGCACAACAAUCCUCAUUCCUAAAACCCCUUCACCCAAAAAGUUCACUCAUUAUCGACCUAUCAGUUUAACCAACUUCAUCAAUAAGGUUUGCACAAGGAUCAUCACUUCUCGCUUAAUACCUAUAUUACCUAGGUUCAUUUCUAAAGAGCAAAUUGGUUUUAUGGCGGGGGAGAAUAUCCACCACCAUAUCCUACUGGCUAAAGAAAUACUACAUCAUCUGGACAAAAAGGUCUGGGGGCACAACAUAGCAGUCAAACUUGACCUUGCACAGGCGUUUGAUAGGGUAUCAUGGGAAUUCCUGGAGGGGGCUCUGAACAAAAUUGGUCAUAACGCCCAAGCAACUCAUUUAAUUAUGAGCAACCUUUCGUCCACUCACAUCUCCAUCCUUAUCAAUGGCCAACCCCAUGGCUACUUUCGACCACAGAGGGGGGUCAAACAAGGUGACCCCUUAUCGCCCUACCUUUUCCUUAUAAAUAGUGAAUGUUUCUCAAGGGGAUUCAAAGAGUUAAUCAACAACAACAACAUCACAUCUUAUCAUAUUGGGGGAGGGGUUUCAACAGUUUCACAACUCGCAUUUGCUGAUGAUGUACUCUUAUUCAUGAACGGCGGAGCUUCCUUUCUCAGAAGGUUGAAAGGCCUGCUGUCAAGCCACGCCAAGGCAACAGGGCAGAUGAUAAACCUAUAAAAAAGCAGGAUGGUGGUCAGCAAGAAUCUCAAAAUGGUUGACAGAAGGAGAACUGAGAAGCUCACCGAAAUGACAACGGUUACCUUACCCAUCAGGUAUCUUGGUGCUUCCAUUCAUCAUGGCAUAACCAGGCUGCAACAUUGCACCCAGCUUGUGCAACGACUAGAGGAGAAUUUGAGUUCGUGGAAAGAAAAGAUUCUGAAUCAAAGCGGGAGGCUAAUCCUUAUAAGAAUGUCCUUACAGCCAUACCACUUCAUCACAUGGCUACUACAACCAUACCAAAAAAGAUAGUCAAAAUCCUUCACAAGCAUAUGGCUGAUUUUUUUUUGGGUCACAAAAAUAACAUGAAAAACUACCACUGGAGUAGUUGAAAAAAAAAAUUGUAGGCCAGGACCAGAGUGGGGACUACAAAUAAGAUCCAUAUCAGAUAUUCAAGAAGCUCUCAACUUAAAGAACCUAUGGACACUAAGACAAGAUCGAUCUCUCUGGGCUAAAUUCAUGAAUGACAGAUAUCAAAGGUCGGGCAACAUGCAAUACAAAUCAAGAAAUACAUAUUCCAAUGGUGCAUAGUCAAAGAAAAGACAAAAUACAUAGAUUUUGACAACGAACUAUUCACACAACUUAUGCCUUACAUCAAAACAAAAAAAAACAAAAUAGGAAGGUCAAUGGAACAUCACCUCUCAAGUAAGCUUAUGUCUCAAUGUAGAUGCAGCAUUCAGACUCACUCACAUUGCAGGGGGGGAGUACUUAGAAACCAAACCGGAAUCCUCCUAGCAGCAUUCUCAUUCCCUUUAAAGACCAAAUCUUCACUCCAUGCAGAAAUACAAGCAUUACUCACCUCAGUAAAAACAACAACAUAAAUGGGUUAUGCCGAAUUUGAGGUCCAAACAGAUUCAGAAAUAACCGUACAAGCAACACAAGGAAGAAAGAAACUACCUGCAGAAUACCAAGAUGAAAUCUCAAGAAUCAGGCACCUGUGAGACAGCUUCCGGCUAAGGAUCACCCACAACUACAAGGAACAAAACCGAACAGCUCACGAACAAGAACAAGACGGAUUAAACAGAAUCGGAAUAAUGUUCCACCCAACCCAAAAUCUGCCGCUUUCAGUACAGUCGGCUUACCAAGACGACCUCAAGGGAAGGACUCGAUUCUGUGAUGCGGGCUAAACGACCUACAAACUACAUGAGAGCGUACCAAAAAAGAAGGUGAUUUGGAGGUCAGCUUCUAGGUGUGCACCUUUCGGUAUUUAUCUUUUAAUUUUUUCUGGGCACUUUUGAAACUUGGAGUUAUUUUUAACCGUCUUUCUUAGACGUUUUUAACGGUGUGACCCUCUUAUAAUAACGGAAUUCAAACACAUGAACCACUUUGAUAAAGAAUGAAACACAUGACUCUAUCUGAAAACGGGCUCAACCACAAGUAGUUUACCGUGUUUUUCCCAAUUUCAAUUGGCUCCAAACUAAUAGCCCGCUUGGUAACAUUGAAAUCGACUGAAUCGGCAGUUUUUGCUGAUAUUUAUGAAGUUCUGACUGAAAUGAUUGUAUUGGCCGAUUCUACUGAUUUAGGAAAAAGUUAUAUUAAAAAAUAACUAAAUGGUCCUCUACAAUAACUUCGGCCAAUACAGGUGGAAAAGUAAUUUCAAUCUUACUUUUUCUUAUUAUUACAAAAUUCAACGCGCGAAAUCAAAAGUUACGUGUUUAGUGAAAAAGUUGACUGAUAACCUAUUCUCUCCAUGAUUAUCAACUUAAUAAAAUACGAUCGAUACCUUGUCAUUCAAACAAAACAUUAUAAUAAGUUAUUCACGAAUUGCCCUAAAUAGGAGUAAACAAUAUUUGAAAUUCCAAAAUAAGAUCACUAUGAUUUUCUUUCCAAAAUAAGAGUUGUUAAUGCCAAGAUUGAAAAAAUAUCAUCAUUAAUUAUAAUAAAUAUUAUCAUGUUAGAUGUAUAGCACUACAACUUUUCGACAGUUAUAUAUGAUUAUAAGAUGUCAAUAAAAACUACCAUGUAAGUGCUGUCGAUUUUAGAAUUGUAAAACAUUAUUACUUCUGUUUUGGAAAAUCUCUAUAAGCGCUUACGACGUCCAUACUGUCACAUCAUUUAAAAUUUUGCAUCUUAAUGUUGUAGCCUACUAAAGUACUACUACCUUCCUACCAAAUUAAUUUGUAUAGUCAAUUAUUUCUAAAUAGUUUCAUUUUAUUAACUUAAUUAUGAUAUUGAUUUUUAAUUGUAUUUUUAUUUGAAUUUUGCAGCUUUAUAGAGAUUUUAAUGCAGUUCCCAAAUAUGUAAAUUUUAAUUACUAAAUUUGAAGUAGUUAUCAUCUUAUCGAUUGGGAAGCUAAGAUUUAAAUUUAACAUUAGUUAAUAAAAAAACGUUGACUAUAUGAAUCAAUUAAGAAACUUUACACAUCUUGUGUAUACUCUUAAUUUCAUAAAUCACUCAUACUCUUAUUUAGGUAGGGGUGGACCGGAGCCGGGCCGGUUCCGGUUCGGGCUUGGGCCCGAAUGGGCUUUUAUUUGGAAAUGGUGGAACCGGAACCGGAACCGGCUGUUCCGGGCCGGUUCCGGUUCGGGCCUACUUUUUUUUUCUUUUGAUUUUCUAAAUAUUCCUUGACUCCCCACCCCCACCCCCCUCCCCUGGCCCCCCCAACUCCCAAGCCCAACCAGGUAGAAACAAAAAAAAAAAUUGAAAAAUCAAAAAAUAAAUAAAUUAGAACCGAACCGGGCCGUUUCACGUUUUAGGGGGCCCGAGUCCGAACUGGGAUAUGAGCGGUUCAAGGUGGCCCGAACAGGACCCAUGACCUGGUACCGGUCCGGGCGGCCUGACCCGAGUUCACCCCUAGGUUUGGGUAAGAAGCAGGUUGGGUUGGGUGGUUUGGGAAGUUUGGGGGUAGAAUUAAUGAGCAAAAACCCAAAAAAGAAAUAGUACCCAACCCGAACCGGGCCAAUCCUGGAACAUAGCCAGGCCAGUACCGGGGCUCCAUUUCCCAAACCUCGUCCCGUCCUAAGCCUGACUUGGGACCAGUCCAUCGCUAGGAGUGAAGGACCUUACUAAAGAUAAAGUUUGAGAAGUGCAUAACAAUAUCACCUAAAGUUUGUUACUACCAAAUCAACCUGUCCUAAAUUAAACCUUCGAUUUGAUCAGAAAUGAAGUUUAAAGGGGUGAAAACAGUAUGGUUGAAAUGUGCUUAGCGAGAAAUAAAGAAUAACAUUAUCUUUUUCUUAAGAGGAAACGAGUGAAAAUAGGAUGAUUGAAAUGUGAUUAGCAAGAAAUAAGGAAUAAAAUUAUCUUUUUCCAGUGAAAACCGUGACACGGAUAAAAAGGAAAUCGCGUGACUAACAAUUAACAAAAUCUUAAGCAAACGGCCUAUUGGCAAACUAGAAAUGAAAAUAGGCACAGAUAAGGAUUGAUGUCAUUGCUUUCUAUUAUUUCGAUUGAAGGAAAAAAAUGCAAGUUAUAUCAUACAUGUCAAGUUCGAAACCUUCUGCAAAGGCAAAGGAAAAAACAUUUUCAAUUGAACUAUAGUAGCUCAUAGGAGGGAUGUUUUAACAACAGGUUAUGUUGCACCACUGCAUUAGAAAGACCUAAUGUGGUGAUAUAUGCUCCCAAAGAAAGGUUUGAAUCCAAACAACCAAACAGCAGCUAUGCACUUUGAAGCACUUCAGGUUUGGAAACAUCUUGAGCAGUUGAUCCCGGCCGGUUUCAGUUCUAGAAUAUGUAGCAAAGCAAGUAUUAGUCGAAGGGACACACAUUGUCAUUCUACAAUUUAAUCUUUGGGUUUCAAUUUGUGUUUUUACCUUUAUGCCAUUACAGCCAUUCACAUCCAAAGUUGGUGCUUUUGAACAGGAGCCUGAGAGUGCCUCCAGGGAUUUCUCAGUCACCCAACUAUUCCAAAUAAACUGCAGAAGUUGGAGAAUUAAAAGUUUAUGUGACAGAUGUAGCAACAACUUUUCCACCUGUUCACUCAAAACAUUCAGACAAGUAGUGGUUAUCCCUCCCUAAGAAUUGGCCAGUAAGUAAACACGAACAAACAAGUUUACAGAACAUCACAAAAUUCUUUGUUAACAGCAAGCCGUGUGCUGUCAAGAAACAUAUAUCCAUGAACUGAAUAUACAACUAUAUAUACAAGUAAUCAAGGUACAAUGGGCAGGGAUGACAAUAGGCAAGCUGUGUGCUGUCUCAAAUACUCCCUGCCCAUUGAUGACAAUUUGUGAUUUUUAAGGUGACAAUAAUUUUCUCAUAAAUUUACAAAAUAGCCAUAUUGACUAUAGGCAUUAAAAAAUUAUCAAGCCAAUUUGAAAUAAAUAUGCGAGGGAAACUUGGUCAAUUUACAAAGUUUCAGUUUAUUUAGUUGCAAACUGGAAAGACAAGUUGCAAAAGUUAAUCUACAGUUACUUGAGAAUGAUGGGGUAUAAAUAUAACCCAUUAGGAACACUGGAGCACCUUAGGAAAAUUGAGGGAAAUGCAGCCUUGCGCAGUUGCUAUGACCCCCAUAUUGGUAACUCUUACACACCUGUCAGAGAUAUGAUUACAACUCGUAAGUUAAUACCGUACACGAAAAAUUUCUAUUUACUCUAGAUGGUAGGCCCUCUGCACAAACGUACCAUGUCAGAUUGAGAGACAGUACCGUUUUACAGUGUUGCAAUACAUGAAAUUCCGAUACAUGAAAUUGACAAGUGUACAUAACCCAUUUGACCACACUGCACCAUGUGUUGGAAGAACCUUCCGAAGCAAGAUGUCAAAUAAAAUCAAAACGUGAAAAAGAAAUAUCACACCUGGGCACCACAAAGAUCCAGGAAUUUCAGAUGAGGCAAAAGUGGUAUCUUCUUGUAAGCUUCAUCCGUAAAUCUGUGCUGGAUAAAUUUUAACCCUUUUAGUGGACAAACAUCAUGGAAUUAUAGUUUGCAUGAAUGUGAUAUGUACAAACAAGGGGUACAGACACAAACUAUAUACUCUCAAUUUCUUACACAGAAAGGGCAUAAAGGUUCAGACUUUGAAGAGAAGCACAUUUCAGCAAUAUUCUUUUCAAACCACUAUCUGUCAGCUUGAUGCACCUAUACACGUGAAGAGAUCACAAAAAGUGUAUUCUUGGGACUCUCUUUCACAAACAAACCUCACAUGGACGUACUUUGUAUCAGCAUCAUCACGUGGAGGCCUUGGCAAGACGUUGAUGUUUGAGAUUUUGUUUCCUGAUCCUAAGUCCUCCCGCCAGGCGUUUAUACAGAGAUCAUAAAGUACAUCACCCUCUGCAUGUGAGACUUUUAUGAUCCUUUGUUGCUCACAAUCAUCUGGAUCAGGGGGGUUCUGCAAAUUGAUGUAAUAAUAAACUUGCAUACUACUCCGUAUAUAUGAAGUGCAUGGAUGAGUUUAUGUAAAAAAUGUUACAUUUAUUUUUUAAUUAUUAGAUGAUUUACACGUGUAGCCGUGUAGAUAAGAUUUUAGAGCUGUUAGAGUACAUUAAUUAGUAGAUAAGUUUGAUGUUAGAUAGAUCCUAUAUUUUAAGAUCUGCACAGGGAGUUUGUUACGUGUGCUCUGUACAUAUAUUCUGG